AUGGAUGAAGAUUUAGCUUUUUGUCUCGGUAACUUUAUCGAUGAACAAGUUAAAGUGAUUGAUGAUCGUUUGAAGGAACUUCAAGAAGAAGAAAACAAGGAAUGUCGUAGACUUGAACAAGAACAAAGUGAUGCCAAUAGCAGAAAACCUCGCCCGAAGAAUAAAGGUUCGCAUCAUGAAGAUCAAACCCUUGUUGAUCAGUUUAUUCAAGAUCUUCGUGAGGAUGAAAAUAUGGUUAACAAUAAAAAGCCAAUUAUCGAUGAUCCCGUUUGCAUAGCUACAUUGAAUGCCGAGAUUUCGACGAAGAUCAAUGCUACUGCAAAUUAUCUUAAUCGAAUACGUAAUUUAGCCCGAACACAAUCGAGAACAACAGACUUUGUUGAAUCAUGCAAUCAGUCGAUUGCUUCUUUUCGCCGAGCGCAAGUGAAUGAAAAUAAUUUUCAGGAAUUAUGCAGCAGUUUAGCAGAAAGUGAUGCGGAUACUUUUGCUCAUAAUACUCAACAAUGGUGGAAAGAAAAAUAUGGUAAUGCUGUCGGUGAACUUAAUCGUCGUAAUCAAAAAAUCAAUCCAGCUGCUACGGAAAGUAAUUUUGCUGCUCUAAGUUCAUCGAGUCGAAUACUUGAUUAUGCAAGAAAAUUAAUUGCUGCUAGAACAGUCAUUCCUGUGAAAUCACAAAAAACCGAAAUUAUUCGCAAGUUUGUUAAUCGUUUAUUAAUUCUCGAUGAAGAAGAUCGAGAUAAAACUGAUCCUGAAAAACUUAUUGAUGAAUUAAACACUAGUGAUAUCGAACAAAUCGGGGCGUAUACUACGAAAUGGCUUGAAAAACGAGAUGGAGUUCGUAAUAGAAAAGAAGCAGAAGACCCAUACGAUGCUAAAAUCAGAGACUCCAAAGCAGAAUUUGGUAGAAAAAGAAUUGCCCAAGAAGCAAAAAAAUUGGGUUUAGCUGCUCUAUUAUGUCGACUAGCUGUCGGAUCAACAAAUGGUGCACAAUUCGAUCAACAAUUGAAAAGAACAAUUAGUAAUCAAAAAAAAAGCAGUCCAAACAGUAUUCCUGUUAUUUCAGGCGAUAUUAAAAGACCAGACUCCCAAGAUCUGCCCAUCAUAAUUCAGUUAGAUUCAGAUAAAACCGAUUUAAAACAAUGGGCCGCCAACACUAAUGGCAUUCAAGAAAAAUUUAGUGGAACCUUAUGCCAAGCUUUUAAGAUACCUACUCAAGCUAUACGUAUAGGUGGUAUUGGAAUAGAUACAGGUAUUAUAAAUUUAUUUGUUCAGCCACCGUAUGGUCAAAAUGUGGUCGAUAGUUUAAAUGGAACUGCUCCCGAUGCUUUAGCACGAAUGAAUGCAGUGCGUAAAUGUUGCCAAGAUCUAAAUGCAAAUGUAGAAUCGAUGACACUUGGUGAAUUUGGCUUGAAAGUUGAGGAUAAACUUAUGGAUCCUAGAUGGAACAAAAAGUAUGCAUGGCCAGAUAGUCCUCCUGAGCAAGGGCAAUACUGGAAAACUCCAAUUGAUCAAGGUGGUAAACCGUAUUAUUGUCCUUCGGGCUGGACACGUUUCGGUGUUAAAGUGGCUGAAGAUGAAAAGGAGUUCGAUUCUCGUUGGGGUAAUUGGUAUCUUGCCUAUCAUGGAACACAAGAUGAAAAUGCAUCGAAAAUUCUCACAUCUGGGCUUCGAGUGAGCACAAACGGUUGCUUCUAUGGCGAUGGAGUACCACGAGUUUAUGUUUCGCCUAGUAUUGAAUAUUGUGCUCAUCCACGAUACGCUCGUCCAUGGAAGAAAGCAUCGAAAAAUGGUAAAGAUCGUUGGUAUCAAUUGGUAUUUCAAUGUCGAGUUAAUCCAGAGUCUGUUCAAAAAAUAGGCCCAGAAACAUUAAUAAAAAAUGAAUAUAAAGCAACAGUAAAGGUCGAUCCGAAUUUCGAUAAUAAUGAACUAGAAUGGAUUAUAUUAGGUAAAAAUAAUGAGCAAUUUAUUACGAAGGAUAUUGUUUGUUAUGGCUUACUGAUGCGAAUAUCAAAUAGCGAUCCCGUUAGUUUGACACCAUCUGCAUGGUGGAAACAAUCUUAUCAUUCUGAUAUCUAUAAAAGCUAG